GUCAAAAUUCACAUGCGCGUGAAGAAGAAUCCUGCGAAGAACAACUUCAUCAGCCGCAAACCGCGCGAGCUUAUCGUGAUUUUUAUUUUGAUUUCGACAAUCUUCCUACUUUUUUCGUUCUGCUGCUUUUGUGAAUGAAACAUCCUUCCCUGUUGUGAAAUGGUAAUCGGUUAGAAAGUGUUUUCCUUUGGUGAAAAACAGUGAAACCUACAACGAUGGAUUCGGACGAGGAUGAGGACAGUUUCGACCAUGAAUGGGAUAACCUCCAAACGAUAAAAACAUUCGACGGUGUGCGAUCCCAAGAUGAGCUUUCGUCGGUGACCCGUGCCUCGACGAGACUGAUGGACAAUGGUCUGCAGAGUCGAAUUGCUGCCAAGGCGAGCACGCCGGUAUCGCUGCUGGUGGAAAGUCUGGUUCAGCAGUUGUGUGCACUGCUGGAAGCGGAUCCGGAACGGUCGAAGGAAUUAUACGAAACGAUUUGCCAACGAUUGCAUGCGGUCAAUCUGAUCGACGAGACCUACUCGAUGGGGGAAUUUGAGAUGAUGCGAAGCCAGUACCAGAAGGCCCUCUAUCAGUUGGUCAGCAUUGCCCGAGGCAAUAACCUGCCGGUGCCGUCCCUCGAGAAAAUUUGGCCGUUGCAACCGUCUGUUGGAUUGGAAUGGUCUCGGUAUCAUAGGGAGUUUACGGAAUUGGAGUUCAUUGCCGGCGGGGGGUUUGGUAAGGUGUUCAAGGCCCGGAACAAUCUGGACGGGAUUGUAUAUGCUGUGAAGAAGAUCACGAUCCGAUCGACGACCAUCAAGAACGUGUUGGUGCACCUGGCGGAGGUUAAGACGUUGGCCAGUUUGAAUCACAUCAAUAUUGUUCCGUACAAGGCGGCCUGGUUGGAACCGCUGUUGGCCAAUGGGGAACCGGGAAGUGAUUCUAGUGGAACUGGCAUCUCAACUAUUGACGAUGAUGAUGAGGAUGAGGAAGAAGAGAGCGACGAGGAAGAGGAAGAUGAGCGAAUUUCCAAUGGAGUGUCGUUCAAUUAUGUUUCUGGAUUUCAGUCUCGCAAAAGAAAAUCUACUCUGAACGAUUCCCUAAAACUUCAAGAUGACACCGAUGAUUUCAGUAUUCAGUUCGAGGACAGCAACGGUUGCAGCAAACCAGAAGAGAACAACCAACAGUUGGCUGAACUAGAGGAUGCACGAGGAAGCCUAAUCAGCGUAGAAGAAUCACAACCGCACGUAAAGCUGAAAUGGGCAACUCUUUACAUUCAAAUGACUCUUUGCCAUCUCACGCUUCGGGAAUGGUUGGACGACCGCAAUCGUUUCCUGUGUUUCGAAGAAUUCUAUCACAAUUUCUUGCGCUGUCCGCGAAGAGAAUGCACCACAACUGCCAAUCCGAGGAACUCCUUCUGCCGUCAGACAUCGAAACUCAGUUCAGGCAGUAGUUCUGGUGAUUCCGGCCCUUUGAUGGAAGCCAGAGCCAGUAUGCCAAGUCCCCCACAGGACGACAAAUCUGCCAACCACACACCGCAGCACCUGGACGUAAUAACAGACGUUCUGCACCAGCUGCUUAACGGCCUCACCUACAUUCACUCACGAGGAAUCGUCCAUCAUGACAUCAAGCCGAGCAACAUUUUCGUCAGCGUCAGCGAUCACGACAAAGCGAUCUCCAUCCAGCUAGGAGAUUUUGGCCUAGCCUGCCCCCUGCAGAGUUCCCACACCGGAGCCGGAUUCGGAACUCCGCUCUACGCCGCCCCGGAGCAACUCGAAGGCAAAUGUGAUCCCAAAUCUGACAUCUACAGUAUGGGAAUCAUUCUGCUGGAACUGCUCAUUCCCUUCGACACCGACAUGGAACGGGCCGAUAUGAUCAAGCAGGUUCGCAAGGGACAGUUCCCGAAAGAUCUCGACCAAGAGUACGUCGACCUGCUCAAAAAUCUCCUUAGUACCCGUCCUUGCCGUCGUCCGGACACUUUCGCCCUGACCGAGGCCGUCAACUGUAUGAAACUCAACCGAGAUAAAGUCAUAUCUCAGCUGCGGAAAAGUCUCUCCAUCCAAGAGGAGGAAAUUCAAUCGCUCAAAAGCACCAUCGACGAGAAAACCCGGCGCCAUGAGGAAUCCCAGGAGGAAAUGUCCCUCCUGGAGUUGCGAACCAGCGAGUCACUUAUACUGAAGGAACAGGAGCUGAUCUACAAAACGCUGGAAAUUGAGAACAAGGAGAAGCAACUGCGCUCGAAGGAACAAGAGCUGCGAACCAAAGACCAGGAGAUUCAUCGGCUCAGAGAACUGCUCAAGAGUUAUCAGGAGAAGGACACCGGCGAUGAAAACGGCGAUGGCGGACAGGGCAAAAGUGAAACUGAAUGAGAUACCGGAGAUACCAACGACCCAGGAAUUGCUUUCUCAUUGCGUGAUGAUCUACUUAGAAUCGAUUUCAUUGACUUGAUUGUGUAACGAAUGCUAGGCUGUAGUAGAACUAGGUACUAUUAAUAAUUUCUUUAGAAUAAAGUAAGUUUUGUAGGUUAUUUAUUGCGGCAAUAAAAAUAAAUUUGAUCCAGUGGUUACCAAAUGAAA